CUUCUCCCUACCCUUGUUGGGUAAGAUAGACUUCAAGAUCCCAAUGGAUCUGGAUGUUUUUCCCUCUCAGAGUUGAUUUCCCUGAGAUUAAGGUUUAAGUAAAAAACCCUGUCUUCCUCUCCUUCUUAUAGGAGUUUUCUUCCCCUCCCCUUCCCAUGUGAAUCUUUGUGUGAGAAAGAUUAUUCUAUUUGGUCUUUCUUUACCCCCUAUUUAUACAUUACAUUUUCCCCACAUGUUAGUAUACAUAGAUUGAUAGAGAUGUAGUCCUUAUAGAAGAGAGUUUGAGUAAAAGAAGAAGAUAACAUUUUCCCCCUUUCCUUAAUAUUUACCUUUUCAGGUAUUCCUUGCUCUUUGUUUUUCGGUAUCAAACUUUCCACAGAGCUCUGGUCUUUUCUUUGCAAAAAGUUGGAAGUCUUCUAUUUUGUUGAAUGCCCAUACUUUCCCUUGGAAGUAUAUAGUCAGUUUUGCUGGGUAGCUGAUUCUUGGUUGAAGACCCAGCUCUCUUGCCUUUCUGAAGAUCAUGUUCCAUGCCUUACGAUCAUUCAGAGUAGAACUUGCAAGGUCUUGUGUGACCCUGAUGGGCAUUCCUUUAUAUCUAAAUUGUCUUUUUCUGGCUUCCUGUAGGAUUUUUUCUUUUGUUUGAGAGCUUUGGAAUUUGGCAAUUACAUUCCUGGGAGUUGUCUUUUGGGGGUUUAGUGUAGAAGGUGUUCUGUGAGCUCUGUCAGUGGCUUUAAUUACCCCCUUGUUCUAGAAUCUCUGGGCAAUUUUCUUUGAUUAUAUGUUGUAUCACAAUGUCGAGUUUGGUGUUUAUUUCUGGCUUUUCUGGAAGUCCAAUUAUUCUUAAAUUAUCUCUUCUCCCUCUAUUUUCCAGAUCUGUCACCUUGUUGGUGAGAUAUUUUAUGUUCUCUUCUAAUUUCUUGGUAUUUUGGCUUUGCUUUAUUAAUUCUUGCUCUUUUACACGAUCGUUGUCUUCCAGCUGCCUGAUUCUGGCCUUUAAAGCCUGCUUUUCCUUUUCACUUGGGUCAAACUGGUUUUGUAGAUGCGUGAAUUUCUUUUGCAUUAUUUCCCACUUUUCCUCCCAGAAGGCUUUCAUCUUUUUGGUCAUUUCUGAUUCAAAUUCUUCAUGGGUUUGUGGAGAGUUUCCAUUUCCUUUGGAAGGUUUCGGAGCAUUUUCUUGUGUAUCAUCUUCUAUCUCCUCUGUAUUUUGUAUUUUGGUUCCAUAGAAUGUGUCCAAAGUUGCCCCUUUCUUCUUAUUUUUCUUGGUAUUUUGGGGCUUCUGUGCUUCUGUGGAGUUUGCCAUCUCUGAAUGGGGAGGAUUAGCUUUUCUUAUCUCUGUCUGGUGUUCAGAGGCUUUAGUCCUGGGCAGAUUGUCGGUUCUAUGAGCUUUCCCUGGGUUGCCUUAAGGCAAUGACUUUCACUGGAACUGGAAUGGAAGGGUCGGACCAGGGGGCCACAUUCUCCCCCAGCUCUAUCUGCUUCCCUGCUGCUAAGGUGCCCCCUCGACUGGACUGGGUUGGGUUGCCUUCUGGAAGUUGCCUUCACAAUAGCUGGCCGUGAGGCUGUCUUGCCCGCCCUGAGGGUUGCUGUUGUUUCAGAGGACCCUGCUCUCUGCAAGGGAAGGAGUCAUGGCUUCCCGGAGCUCCGAGGGCAGUGACUUUCACUGAGACUUGGAUAGCAGGAUCCAGCUGGUGAGGGUGUCUUGCCCGCCCUGAGGGUUGCUGUUGUUUCAGAGUACCCUGCUCUCUGAGGGGGGUGGGGCCGCGGCUUCCCGGAGCCUUGGACUCUGCGCUCCUACCCCUUAGGUCCGAGUGAUCUCGGGUUCUGGCUUUUGAGGGGGGCCGUACCUUUUGAUCCAGGUCCAUGUCCAGGAGGAGGAUUCCCAGGGUCUAUGCUGUCGAUCGUUUUGAAUUUCAGCGCCUUAGUAGCUUAUAGUUUGAGAUCGGUCGGAAAGGGUUUUCCGGAGAUCUGAACUUUAGCUUUCUCUAAGCCGCCAUCUUGACCGGAAGUCCGGAGCUCCCGUUUUAAUGGGGCAGUCGACAUGCCAAAGAUGGUACAUAGAAAAGAGUUAUGGUAUAGACAGAGGGCAGCCUUAGGGGUAUCACUGGUUAAUGUAGGGGUGGAUAGAGUGUUGAUCAUAAAGUGAGCCAGGGAAACUAGGAGGUAGAGGUUAGAAUGGGGAGAGCAUGCCUGGCUUGGAGGACAGCCACUGAAAAAGUACACAGUAAGAAGAUCUGGGUAACUGAUGUGUAGAGAGUAUAUAAAAUAGAAAAGGGGAAGGAGAAAUAAGCAAUAAGUAUUUAUAUAGCAGUUACUUUGUGCUAAGCACUUUUACAAAUACUUUGAUUCUCACGACAAUUCUGAGACUAAUGCUUUUAUUAUCCCCAUCUCACAGUUGAAGAAACCGAGGCAAAGAGAGUCAGUUGACUGAGAGGAUAGAAAGUUGUUGAGGAAGUGAAAUUAAGAUUGCUUGGGUCCCUAUUUUUUCCUUAAGUUUACUAGUUGUGUGACAGUAGGCAAACCAUCUUAACUGUUUAAGCCUCAGUCUGGUCAUCUGUAAAAUGUUAAUUAUACUAACUAUUUAAUAGUCUUGUAAGAGAUAAUAUGAGUACUGAAUGACUUAAAAAGAUAUGUAAUAGCUAUUAUUUCUUGCACCCCCAAAGAGAGACAUCAUGUCAGAGUUAAAAUCUUGCUGAAUAUUGGAUCUGAGAGAAUUGAGUUAAGAUCUCCUGGGCUAGUCAGUUAACUUCUCCAGCCUCAGGAAAUUCCUUUAAACUUUACUUAUGGAAGAGUUUUAUUGAAAUUUAUCCUUGAAAACAGGUCUGAAGCUCCUGGUCAUUUCAGAUUACUAACUAUUCAAAUGAACUCUGUUAGUAAUGGGACCUAGGCUGAUUCUUGAAACUGAAAUAGCCUCACUAAUAAACUGUUUAAAAGUGUAGUAUAAGGGAAAGAACAGUGGACUUGGAAUCAAGAGAUACAGAUUUAAGUUAGUAAACAUUCUAUUUUUCCAAUUGCGAGUAAAAACAAAUUUUAACCAAAAAACCAUUAAAAAAAACAAUUUUGAGUUCUCAGUUCCCUCUUACCCAUUCUCCUUUCUCUUCAUUGAGAAGCAAGCAAUUUGAGAAAGGUUUUAUAUAUGUAUGUGCGUGUGUGUGCUGUCAUGCCAAAAAAUGUAUAUUAGCCAUUGUGAAUUUUAAAAGUCUCCAUCUUGGUCUAGCACCCAAAAAAAAUUGUGCACAUCCACACUACACGGGCAUGUGCUAGUCAAUGACAAAUCAGAAAUAACUAACUGCCCACCUGGGCUGUCCUAAGCCAAGCUAGAGCCAACCAUUGGCAUUUGUGAGACACAGGAAGUGAGGUAAGGAACAGCCUUUGGAAGUCGCUGACUUCCUGUGGAGAGAGCUAGACGGGAGUUGGUGUUAGGAGCUUGGACAGGGAGGACGCCUGCAGACAGCUUUCCUUCAGAUCACUCACGUGAGUUAAGGACUGAUUCUUUCCACCUUGGCCCUUUGGGCCUAAAACUCCCCCUGCCUUGGUCAGAGGUUGAGUAGCCCCUUUCCCUUUUCUCUUCUCUCCUUCUCUCCCUCUCCUUUCCCUACUCCCAGUGUGAUUAAACCUCCAUAAACUUCAUUCUGACUUGAGUGUUUCAUUUUAGGAAUUUCAUAAGUAAAUUCCUUGGCGACCAUUGUUCAAUAUUACAUAAAUCCUGUAGCCACAUUUUAACCAUUACAGUGCUCAUAACCUCUCCCAGAAGCCUAAAAUUUCUACCAUUACACCAUGUUGCAAAAGAAAAGGCAACAACAAAAAAUAAAGAUUUUAAAAAUGCUUCAAUAUGCAUUGAGUCCAUCAGUUCUUUCCCUGGAAGUAGAUAGCAUUUUUCUUCAUAGAUCCUUCAGAAUUACCUUGGAUCUUUGAAUUACAAACAAAGUUAUUUAUAGUUGAUCAUUCAUUGUACAGUAUUGCUGUUACAAGAGAGUAUAACACUCUCAUGAGUUUGUUCAUUUUACUUUACAUCAAUUCCUGUAAGUCUUCCUAGGUUUUUCUCAUUUCUUCUAGCAAAAUAAUAUUCCAUCACAAUCAUAUUGCCCCCCCCCCCCAUUUCUUUGGAAUACAAAUCUAGUAGUGAUAUUGCUGAGUCAAAAAGGUAUGCACAGUUUUUAUAGUCCUUUGGACAUAAUCCCUUGUUGUUCCUCAGAGUCAUUCAAACAUUUCACAACUCCACCAACAAUGCAUUAAUGUCCCAAUUUUCCCACAUUACUAAUAUCAUUUUUAUCUGAAUAGUUGGGGAUGGCGGGGAAAGGGAGGAGGAGGAAGAGAUUCUGUUCUAUACGAUUUUAUUCACAUGACCAUAUAGAGAAUAAAGUUUGGUAAGUGUCUUGUUUGAAUUUACUCACAGAUGACUGACCUCUGUCCUUUGAGACAGACCAUGUAUUUAUUGGAGAAACACCUUUUGUAGUUCAAGUGAAGAUAUAUGUUCUAGGAGAAGUGCUGGCUUUGGUUUCAGGAAUCUCCUGUGUCCUGCUUCUGAUUCCCAGCUUAUCAUCCUCCUAUUUGAUGGUGAAGCCCUAAGGAUGAAUCAGUGAAAUUCCACUGAUUGCUGUGGCAACAGACUGCAAUGUCCCAGACUCAGGAUUACGAUUGCCGGAGUCAUAAUACUGACAUACAGGAUCCUAGGAGUUCUGGAUCAAGCGCCAGGCUAGAAUGGGUGGAAAUCAUCGAGCCUCGAACAAGAGAGCGCAUGUAUGCCAAUCUUAUCACAGGCGAGUGUGUAUGGGAUCCACCUGCUGGUGUACGGAUUAAACGUACCAAUGAGAACCAGUGGUGGGAACUUUUUGACCCAAACACAUCUCGUUUCUACUAUUAUAAUGCCACCACUCAGAGAACUGUAUGGCACCGGCCGCAAAACUGUGACAUCAUCCCUCUUGCCAAGCUUCAGACCUUGAAGCAGAAUACAGAAUCCCCGAGGGCUUCAACAGAGAAUAGCCCUGGACGCAGUAGCAAUGUCAGUCGAGAGGGCAGCACCAGCUCUUCCUUGGAACAAGAACUAGAAACUAAUGAGAAGGCUCAAGAGCAGCAGGCCCGAGUCAAUCGACAGUCAACACAGUUUACUGCAGUGAAAGAAGAGAAUGAGAGUUCUUCUCCAUCAGGAGUAUUCCUUGAGAAGGACUAUGAGAUUUAUCGUGAUUACAAUGCAGAAGGCCAGCUUCUUCAUUACAGGACGUCAUCCUUGCGCUGGAAUACAGGGACCAAAGAACGAAUGCUCAUCAAGGUAACAGAUAGGGAGCCAAGCUUCCUUAUGCACCAGGGGAAUGACUAUCCCACCGACAACCAGCCAGGGCCUCGCUCUCGGAGACCUUCAGGUGGUCAACAGUCCCCUAACCUACAAACCUUUGCACCAGAUCCUGACAACUCAGUCUUCUUCCCUGAGAGGAAGCCUUCACCUUUCUUGAAAAGGGCUGAACAUGUUGGUAGUUGCUCCCCUCUACUUGGCCGUGGGGACCGUGACUCAUUUUGCUCCCCUCUUCAAUCCCAACAUCGAAAGCACUCAAGUGAAUCACAGCCAUCCUCACCCCGCUAUGCCUAUGAGCCACCCCUCUAUGAGGAACCCCCCAUGGAAUACCAAGCCCCCAUCUACGAUGAGCCCCCCAUUGACAUGCAGUAUGAUGCAAGUGGCAGCUACAAGGCAGGUUCUCCACAGAAAUCACCCAUCCGUAAGCCCCACUCCUUUCUGCAGUCACCCAAGCAGACCUCCAACUCCCCCUACCAACAACUGGUGCUCACCAAACAGAAAUGUACUGACCGUUUCAUGAGCCUGGAGUAUAGCCCUGCAGGAAAAGAGUAUGUACGGCAGCUGGUCUACGUGGAACAGUCUGGCUCCAGCCCCAAGCUCAAAACAGGCUUGCGCCACAAGUACUCCCCCAACCCCAUUGGGGGCUCCUAUUCCCUACAGCAUAGCCCCUGCCUCGUAAGGGAUCAGCGCCUAGAGAUUAAGUCAGGAGACUACAGCAGCAUGGAGGGGUCUGACUUCAGACAUGGACAACCCAUUUCCCAGCUUCCUCAUGGGGAGGACUCCAUGUCUUGGUCCAGCCAACAGGACACUAUGUCUUCAACAGGCUACUCCCCUGGCACUAGAAAGAGAAAAAGUAGGAAGCCUUCUCUGUCACAAGACCCAAAUACUUCUUCAACUGAUGGCUCAGGAGAUCGGGACCUCCUAAGUGAGCAACUCGGAAGUGAAGACCGACCUUUGUCUGGCCCUAGCCGCCCCCAGAUGAGCCGCACGGAGAGCAAGUCAGUGGAAGCAGACAUGGUACGAGGCUUUCCUGAGCCCUUCCUGGCCCAGGCCCGGCUUGCCUGGGAGGCCCAGCAAGCUCACUACCAUAUGAAGCAGCGUAGUAGCUGGGAUUCCCAGAAAGAUGGUUCUGGCUAUGAGAGCGAUGGAGCCCUGCCUCUGCCCAUGCCUGGGCCUGUUGUGCGUGCAUUCAGUGAGGAUGAGGCUUUGGCACAGCAGGAAAACAAGCACUGGAAGAGAAACACUUUUGAAAAACUGGGGUUCCCACAGAUUCUACUAGAGAAGAGUGUCUCUGUUCAGACCAACCUGGCCUCUCCAGAGCCAUACUUACAUCCAUCUCAGUCAGAGGACCUUGGCGCUUGUGCCCAGUUUGAGAGUAGCAGACAGAAUCGGAACAUGAUGCCAAGUGCCAGCUGUGUCUUUCCUACCUUCACAUUACGUAAGCCAUCUUCUGAGACAGACAUUGAAAACUGGGCCUCAAAACACUUCAACAAGCACACUCAAGGCCUCUUCCGGCGGAAGGUAUCUAUUGCCAACAUGUUGGCUUGGAGCAGUGAGUCAAUCAAGAAGCCUAUGAUCAUGACCAGUGACCGCAAUGUGAAGAAGGAAGCCUGUGAGAUCUUCAAAUUGAUCCAGAUGUACAUGGGUGACCGGCGGGCCAAGGGAGACCAGCUCAGCGUGGCACUGGAGGUAGCCACCAAAGGCUGGAGUAUGCAGGGUCUACGAGAUGAGCUUUACAUCCAACUCUGCCGACAGACUACGGAAAAUUUCCGUUAUGAGAGCCUGGCCAGAGGCUGGGAGCUCAUGGCUAUCUGCUUGGCUUUCUUCCCGCCUACCCCCAAGUUUCACUCCUAUCUGGAAGGCUACAUAUAUCGGCACAUGGAUCCAGUCAAUGACACCAAAGUGACUCAGCACAUAAAAGAGCUGCUGGAAAGGAACACUAAGAAGAAAUCCAAAUUGAGAAAGAAACCCAAGCCCUAUUUUGAAGAGCACGAUGGAGUGGCAAUAAGCACAUAUGCCAAGUAUUGUUACAACAAGCUUCAAAAGGCCGCGUUGACAGGAGCCAAAAAGGGCCUGAAGAAGCCCAAUAUGGAAGAAAUUCGACAUGCGAAGAAUGCUGUAUUCAGUCCAUCCAUGUUUGGCAGUGCACUUCAAGAUAUUCUGGCCAUGCAGAAGGAGCGCUAUCCUGACCGACAGCUGCCCUGGGUACAGACACGACUCUCCGAGGAAGUGCUGGCACUCAACGGGGACCAGACUGAGGGCAUAUUCAGGGUCCCUGGGGACAUUGACGAGGUGAAUGCUCUGAAGCUGCAGGUGGAUCAGUGGAAGAUCCCCACAGGGCUGGAAGACCCCCAUGUCCCUGCAUCACUACUAAAGCUCUGGUAUCGAGAGCUAGAGGAACCACUUAUCCCCCAUGAAUUUUAUGAGCAGUGUAUCACGCACUAUGAAAACCCUGAGGCUGCCAUCGCUGUCGUCCACUCCUUGCCCCGGAUCAACAGAAUGGUGCUCUGCUACCUCAUCCGCUUCCUCCAGGUAUUUGUGCAGCCUGCCAAUGUGGCCGUCACAAAGAUGGAUGUCAGCAACCUGGCCAUGGUGAUGGCACCCAACUGCCUGCGCUGCCAGUCAGAUGACCCACGUAUCAUCUUUGAAAACACGCGUAAGGAAAUGUCCUUCCUCCGGGUCCUCAUCCAGCACCUGGAUACCAGCUUCAUGGAGGGAGUACUAUAGCACCCUGGGGGUUGGCCCAUGCCUGCCCACCCUCCUGCAGCUCCCCACCCUGCACAGAGACACAAGAUACACACGGGGACUGCCUGCUGGCCAGGGAUCCCACCUGCCCCACCAGUGGUCCAUCUGCAGAACCCCAAGCAAGGGAGAUUUCUCCAGGAACUCCAUUGAGGCCAAAUGAUGCCCAGCCCCCGCCCCCUCCUGCACUCUUUCUUCUGGGCAUGGUGGCCCUGGACUACUGCUAACUAAAGAAAUAAGACUGAAGGUAGAGGGGAAGCUGACGGGGAUGGGGAGCUGAGCCAAGCCCAGGCCUGGGGCUGAUCCCAAAUGGGCAGUAGGCCAUUUGGAUAUUCCUGCUAGCAUGAGAAGAGGAGUGAGGCAGCAGCGGGCACAGAGCCCACCGGCAGUAGGACAGCAAAUGGGCACAGCACAGGGUGGGAGACAAAGUGGGGGUGUGGAGAAAACAGUGGGGUGGGGGGCCCAGCCCUGGCUGUACGUCUGCAGCUAGGGAAGGGGAGGGUGGGAGGGGAGGGAAGGGAAGGGGAGGGAAAGGGAGGGGAGGGAAUGUAUUGGCCCCUGAAAUAAGCAUGACUGGUUAUUAGCCCACAGUGGCCCUAGCCAAGCCCAGACCAGGGCCAGGCUGGGCUACACAAAGAAGGGCUGGAACUGAGCUCAACUCAGCAGCCCUAGGGUUUGGUUUUGUGUUUGUCCAUGUUGCAUUUACACAGCUGGUUACCACCCACCCCCAUGUCCCAUCUGGCCAGGACCUGGGGGGACUGGCUGCUAAGGGUCCCCUUGGCAGGAAGGGUCCCGUGUGUGUCCUGACCUAUACCCAUCCCCAUACCUCAACCUCUCUUCCCCUAGAAGUUAGACAUUUCCUUGGGAGAGCAUUGUUAAAAGCACUUUGUUAUCUGACCUUCCUAUCUCCAUACCUGGCACCAGAAUCAGGCCCAGGCCCACACCUUUACCACCCACUUUGUCUGCCUCUCACUUUUCUUCCAUCUCCGGUUCCUGCCCCUGCCCCAGCCUCAGGAUGAGGCUUGGGUCCCUGUGAUUUCAGUCUUAGUCCCCAGUGAAGGACCUGGCACAAUGGAAGAGCCUGACACCUCUCCCAAAGGACCGUGAAGGAGUUAGGGGACCCGAUGUGACUUUAGGUACUCCAGAGAGCUGAUGGCUCUAGUCACUGCUGGGUUCCUUCCUCUUCUCCACCAGCCACCCUACUGGCCUUGGCUUCUUUUGCAGAACAUCAAAGCCAAAAGGAGUCAUCUUAGAAAUUAUCUGGCCUGUCCCACCCUUUAUUUUACAGAUGAGGAAACUGAGGCCCAAAGAGAAGAAAUUUGCCCAAAGUCACCCAGAUAGUAAGUAGAAGAGCUGUGAUUUGAGCCUAGUUCCUACUCCCAAUCCAGGGCUCCUUCCACCAACCAUAAUUAUCCCAAACCAGUCCAUUCCCUAUGACUCAUUUUCAGGUACCCAGGGUCCACAAAGGGCAGGGACAGGGAUCCAUUGGGUCCAAUCAGUCACUUCCCACCCAGGGAACCUUGGGCACAACAAGGGGCAGGACAGACAGAGCUCCCCUCCCCCGUUCCCAGCAGGGUGCCCGAGAAAGUGCCUUCUGCUCCCCAGAGCCAAGCUGAUACUGCCCCUUCCCGUCCUGACACUCUCCCACCAUGUGAGGAUAGAGAAUUACCACCGCCAUCCUAUCCAGGCCUUCUCUUCUCCUCGGUUCAGGGCUGACCCCUGAGGACUAGGGAGGGGAUUGAUUUGAGGGACCAGGAGCUACCACUCUGGGGCCUUCCUCCAGCCUCUCCCUCCCUCCUCCCAUUCUGUCCUGCCCCCAGGACUUCUCCUGCCCUACAUCCUUGGGGGGACAUUCCCACCCCAUUCUCACUGACCUCCAGGGUGGCCUGCCGCUGUGGGAGCAGGAGGCGUCUUCUGACCCUCCCAACCCUGACUCCAGGCACAAGUGAGGCGGGCAAGUGGUCCUGCCCAUGUUCCAAGCAGACCCCUAGAAGAAAGGAGAGGGGAAGUUCCCAAGACUUCAGGCCCUUUGACCCAAGCCUUAGAUACCACCAGCUGCCACAUCCCCAUCCCCAGCCCUGGUCCCCACCUUCUGCCUCAAGUGCCCUUCCCCCACUCCUCUGGGGGAUUCUCCCAGAACAAUCUUGUACCCCCUGCACUUGAGGGCCAGCACUGACUGCAGGGGAGCCCAGUGCAGGACGAAUUUCCCCGGGCCUUCCUCCGAAGCUGCCUAAGGACUGGCUCCAUGAGACGUCCCCAUCCCCCCAAGCAGAGCAGGGGCAGAAGGGGCCAGUGAAGCGGGGAGGGCAGUGCACAGGGGCACCGGGGAGCCAAGGGGGUAGGGAGGGGCGGGUGGGCAAGAGUAUUUUUUCUUAGUGUAACUAUAAAUUCAGAAUUUAUCCCGCAUCCUCAUUGUGGCAGCGGAGCCUUUGUAUAGAGAUAUAAAUAAGAGACAGAGUGAGAGAUAUAGGACUAAAUUUGCUAAUGAAAUCAUUUUAAUCCAAAUGCUAUUUAUCUCCCCAGUCAUCACUCAGCCUCAGCCCAGAGCAAGUUGCUAGCAUAGUUUUCUUCUGCAUCUUUUCUUGGCUUGUGACCAAAAAGUAACCAAGCCAACCCAGUCCCUAAUCCCUGCCCUGUAGCAGCCCUAUAGCAGAUUGGAAGGAAUAUGGAUGGGAGGAAAUUCCAGUCCGGUUUCCCUCUCGCCCCAAAACCAAAGGAGAAGAACUAUGGAGAAGGCGGCUUCCUGGGAAGACUAGUCCUAUCUACCCUCCAUGGGCAAGACCCAGGGAAGGAGGGAGAGAGCAAGCCCACACGGAUCGACACCUUUCGGGGCCCAGGAGGGUCCUUUGACCUUUGCAAUAAAUGCCAGAGAAUCCAGGCUUCCCCGUUUCGUAUCCAUCUCAGCCAGACUCACUCCAUGUUCAUGGAAUAGAGAUGGGGGUGUUUUGCCUGUGCAAAUGCAAAGCCCUAGGAUCUAGGCUUGUGGGGGGAAAGGGCCUGCAGAGCUCUGGAUCCCAGUGCCAGGGCAAACCCAUCUUCCAGUCCAUGUGGAAAAGACCCACUUGUAUACCAUUUCUUCACAGCCUGCCUGGGCUGGGGGCCGGAGUAGUGAGGGAAACAAGCAGGGCCUGCUCUGUCCGAUGUUGUGAGGCCCCCUCCCAGUUUGUACAUUUUUCCAUGUUGGAGUUUUUUGGUUGUUCUGGUUGUUGUAAAACUUCAUUUGUUUUCCUGUUUUUAUAUAUCUAUUUUUUUUAGAAUUGUUUUUAUUUAUUAUUAAAAAACAAACAAAAAAAAACAAAAAAAACCAGCCCCACUUCCCCUCCUGCCUCAGCCUUGGACCUGGGGUGGGGGAGGAUGGAGGAGGGCGAGGGCCGGCACGGCCCUGACCUGAGCCCCUGUGGGCCUCUAGCCACAAGUCCCCAAACUGCCAGCCAAGCCCAGCAGGAUCCCCACCCCUUCCUUGUCCUCCAGCACCAAUCUCCUCCCCAAGGACUGGAGGCUGUUCUAGACAGGUCUCUGGGUUGGUGGGGUUGGCGUCCUUCCUCGACCUCCCAAACUGCUCCUCAGAUAGCCAUCUCAGGAACUGGGCCAGCCAUGCUGGGGAGGGGAGGAAGGCAACCUUCCAAUGAGGUGGGUGGGAGGUGGGGUACUUCCUGGGAGGGGGGGCAGGGCCACAGCCCCAUUGUCUGACUAACUCUGUAAUUAUGACGCAUGGACAUGUAGAGGCGGCUCCAUGUCGUGUGAAUAAAAUACAUAUGGACACUC